AUGUCAGACGCUGUAGAGAUCGCAAAUUUGGAGCCGGAGGCAAGAGAAAAACGGCUCUCCGAGAAGCCCUUGGAAUAUUUCAAACUGCUCAAAGACUGCCCUGAUGUUGUCGCUAUCCCGAUUUACGAUGUAGGCUAGCCAUUUCCAGCAGUUUCAGGCACUUUAGCACUUCCAAAAUUUAAAUUUCCGUUUUCCCGCAAUUUUUGGCAUUGUGUUUCAGGUGUCGAAGUCUGCGUGAAAAGCUUGCGUAAUGGUUCAAAAAGCCGUAAUAUUGCUCUCUGAACUUUCGUUUUCUGAUUUCAGGAAGUGAAACGUCGCUGGGAACGGGCGGAAGAGCGUGUUAAAACCUUAGAGGAGCUGGUCAAGGGCGUAAAAUGGGAGGAGAACUCGAUCGAAGAGGACCGAUAUGACAUUAUCAGUGAGGUCAUGGACAAGGCCAUGCAGGGAUUCGAAAUCAACGAGGAGCAUGAGGUAAAAAAUCGAAUUUUGAGAUUUUUAUGGGUAAAAAAAUAAAAUUUUGGGGCUUUCGACAAAAAUUUCAAAAUUAAAAAGUUGAAUAUUUAAAUUUUCAGAACCGAAAAAUCAAAUUUGGUCAUCGAAUUUUCCUCGAGGCCAAGAUGUUGUUGGGGAUUAACCAUGCCUUCGACCGAGUUGAAGCCAUUCUCAAGGACUUCUUUGCCUUCCACAAUGACAAGACUGGAGCCGCCUACGAAAGGGAUGAUUUGAGGAUGGAAAUUAGACUUAUGGACGCCUGCUUCACCGAAGUCCACACUGGAUUCCUCAAGAGUUAUUUGGAUAUGGAGUUGUGA